AUGGGAGAUCGCACAGAUUUAACAGGAGAUGGAGGUGUACUGAAAACGAUUUUACGAAAAGCAAAACCUGACGCCAUAUGCCCUUCAGAAAGUCUUCCACUUGUUGAUGGUAUGCAUAGUUUUCAUGAUUCAUCCUUUGCUUUCUCUAGCAGAAGUUUGAUUCCAGCCGUGAUAUCCUUGGCCUACAAUCCGGGCAAUUGUUAGCUACCCAGCCUUCCCUAUCUUUUAUGUUUAUCUACUUACAUUUUAUAUGAUUACCAACGUUCAUGUGUGUUAUCAAUGGCGAUUAUGGAUAAAAGGGGAAAGAAAAAAACAUUAUCCACAUGUUCUGGUCAUAUGUUUAGGCAUUAAGCAUGUACGUGGGCAACCUUGAUCGAAAAUAAUGUACAGACUCAGUCCUUUUAAUGUUGGAUUUAAGGGGAUAUGUUUGAUUUACAAGGGAAAUAAACAAUAAAUAAAAUUAGUCAUUCAAAGUUUUUUUCUCAGGAGGUGGUUGGUAAUGUUUAGUUACUAUUAGGUAUUCGUAAUUCCCUCAUUAGAUUUUGCUGCCCAUACAGACCAGUGUUGGUUUCCAUCUAGUAAUUAGUAGCUUGGAAAUAUAUGGGCGACAAUGUUGGGAGCACCAUUUGUGAUUCUUCCAUCUUUCCAUGGAUGUAAACAGUUCUUCCUCAAUUCCCCAUCAUUUUCACUAGUUUUUUUUUUUUUUUAAUCUCAUUAUAUAGUUUAAAACGAUGACCAGGAGCAUGGGUUUUCACGGUUUUCAGAGAGGAAAAUUUGGCGCCAGUUUGUGUAUUAAUACCCAUAAAUGAGGCAGCUUUUCCUUCUAAAUCGAUGUGGGUGGCAUUCAUUUAGGCCCGUAGAAUGUUUCUUCGCGUGGGGAUUUUUUCAAGACUUGUGGGAACGGAUUUUCUUGGGCCCACAGAAAAUCACCCGUUUGAUCGGAAUUAUAGGUGGGAAGUUAGAAACCCAUUAGAACACCAACGAGUUUUAGUAGAAAAAUCCCUUUUUUUUUCAGUGUGCACUCAGAAAUCCGCCAAGAACUGUCCCCCCCUUCUCCUUUUCUAUUCACAGAUGCAUCCACUUUUUGGAACUACAGUUUUUUUUUUUUACCAGAUUAGGUCAUUUCAAAGCGUGCCCUCGUUUAGGUUUAAUGUCAUCGUGUGCUCUGUGCUGGUAAGUUCUCCUGGGUCGCCCUGAUCCUAAACUACUGUUGUGAUUUCGAGCAGUUCAUUAUGAAGGGAUUCUGGCUGAAACCGGUGAAGUGUUUGAUACUACCCACGAGGACAACACCAUCUUCUCCUUCGAGGUUGGGCAGGGCUCCGUGAUCAAAGCUUGGGACAUCGCCCUGAAAACCAUGAUGGUAAAAGGCGGCUGACCUAAACCUUAGCCCCACUGCUCCAUUCGAGCUAUGAACACUGACUUGGGCUUUUUCCAUGCGCAAGGUUGGAGAAGUUGCAAGAAUCACUUGCAAGCCAGAGUACGCCUAUGGAAGCGCCGGCUCGCCGCCUGAUAUCCCGCCAAAGUAAGCUUUUUUCUUCUCAUGGGCUCCUCUUUCCCAUCUCCCUGUAAAGUUGCCGGGGUGCCUUCUUGGGGAAAGCUUGACCCAUCUCUGCCGGCAGUGCAACUCUUAUAUUUGAGGUGGAGUUGGUGGCGUGUAGACCGAGGAAGGGUUCCAGCCUCGGCAAUGCAUCGGAUGAGAAGGCGAGACUGGAGUAAGCGACUCAUCAUUUUUGAUCUCAUGGCGUUCUGAUGGUGUUCUUCGGUGUUUCUUGGACCUUAUCCGGUCCGGCGUUGAACUCUGUCUGAACCAGAGAACUGAAGAAGGAGAGAGAGAUGGCUGCGGCGAGGAAAGAGGAGGAGAAGAAAAAGAGAGAAGAGGCGAAGGCUGCAGCUGCUGCCAGAGUGCAGGCGAAGCUGGACGCCAAGAAGAACCAAGGAAAGGGCAAAGCAAAGGGUAAGUAG